AUUUCUACGAAUGGCGCAGGAAUUUGUAAACCUAGAAUUAUUUCAAAAGCUUAUCUACAAAGCAUGGUUAACCAAGCUGCCAAGGAUAGCUCAACUACUGCGUUGGCUCGUAUUGGAGUCAGAGAACGUCUUAACCAAUUAAAUGUGUCAUCAAAUGUGCCAUCUGCCGGAGUUGAAACUGCAGGAGUUGAAGUGACAGGAGAAAGUCGAACUAUUGAAGUUGAUCAUGGUUCUUCUGGUGAAGGUGAUAAUACUACAACAAAUCACACUAAUGAGAGUGGCAUUCCCCAAACCCUUGAAGAUUCCAACCAAAAUCAGAAUUUGAAUGCAGCUGAAGCUGGUAACCUUCAGGAUACAUCAAUCAAAG